GGUAUAACAUGUCCAUAAUUUUUGGUGAACUGAUUUAGAAAUCAGACUUUACCUUAACAGGACAGGGUUAGUUUCAGUUUCAGAAAUUCAAGAAUUGAAUUUGACUUCUAGGCUAGGACUGAGAAAAUGUAGCUCUACAGUAGCGUAGGCUAUAAUUUGAAGGCGAAUUGGGAGGACUUUAACAAAUUGGGCCCGUGGCCACACAGGAAUAAAGGAAGGACACUUUUGAGUACGAGAGAGGGAGGUGCUGCGGUUGCGAAGUCAUAGCGUAAAUCGGAAAUGCGGUAUGGUCGAGGUGAAAAUGGAGCACCACGAAGAGGAACACUAAUUGAAAGUUAAGGCAACAGUAUCAACAUGAAAAAUAGGUCAUAACCCUCCCAUGCUGUACAAUAAAUCCCAGACAGAGAGUAGUAGAGCAUGGACCAGGCCUUUCCCAGCCUCCAGACCCCAGUCACUGGUCCGUUUGAACCCAACCCAGGAGAGCUCCAGCUCAGGGUGGACUUCUUCAGAAAGUUGGGCUACUCCCCCAURGAGGUUCGGGCCGCCCUGCUUAAGCUAGGCCUGAGUACUGACACCAACUCUGUACUGGGGGAGCUGGUCCGCAGUGAAGCCAGCACUAGUACUUCUAACUCAACCAUCCCUGAGAGUGGUGACAAUACUACUGGCCCCACAAGCCACACAGGCUCCAGCAUGGCCUCCUCUAGGACCCAUGGCCCCCAGAGAGACAGACCAGUCCCAUCACUGGAAGACAGGAAGGACACAGACAGUGGACUGAAACCUAUCGUUAUUGACGGCAGCAAUGUGGCCAUGAGUCAUGGUAACAAACAAGUGUUCUCCUGUAGGGGAAUUGAGUUGGCAGUGAUCUAUUUCCUGGAUAGAGGUCACUCAACCGUCAUUGUGUUUGUACCGUCAUGGCGCAAGGAGCAGCCCAGGCCUGAUGUCCCCAUCACAGACCAACACAUUCUAAUGGAGCUGGAGAAGAAGAAGAUAGUGGUCUUCACUCCCUCGAGACGCGUCGGUGGUAAAAGGGUGGUCUGCUACGACGACCGUUUUAUUGUGAAGCAUGCCUACGAGUCGRACGGCGUGAUCGUGUCCAACGACACCUAUAGGGACCUGCAGGGAGAGCGUCCGGAGUGGAAGCGCUGUAUCGAGGAGAGGCUGCUUAUGUACUCUUUCGUCAAUGACAAAUUCAUGCCCCCAGAUGACCCGCUUGGCCGUCAUGGUCCCAGUCUGGAGAACUUCCUGAGGAAGAAGCCUCUGCUGCCGGAACACAAGCGCCAACUCUGUCCUUAUGGUAAAAAGUGCACCUACGGUGUAAAGUGUAAGUUCUACCACCCUGAGCGCACUCACCAAUCCCACUCCUCGUUGGCUGACGAGCUAAGGGAGAAGGCAAGGCUCUCCUCGGCAAAAGAGGACCGGAAUCCCAUGAUGUCACACCUGAGGGGCCACCAGUCCGACCCGGGAUCCUUUCCCUCCUAUUCUCUGGAGAAUGACCUGGAGCACAGGCUGACGUUAGAGCCCCGCCGUUCCCUGAGGGAGGGUCCCAAGAGCCAGGUAACUGAGAACACGUUGCUAUACUGGGAUGGGUUGCGCUCCAGUAGGAACCAGCAGGCCCGCAGCCCCACAGCAGUAGGCCAAGGACAGAUGGACUGGCCCAGUAUGCUCUCCCCAUCCACUACUACUGACCUCCCCUAUGCCAGCAUCUCCCAUGAGUGCCUGGACUCUGGUUUUGGCUCCUAUGAGAGCCAGAGCCAGUACUCGGAUGUGUCCCAAGGACACAGCAAGGCCUUCAGGCCCAGGCAGCAGCAACAGCAGGGCUUCCCCUCUGGUUCCAGACAUCCAGGCAUGCAUCCAGAGAGUCUGGCCCAGGACAGCCCCCAGCCCUGCAGGUGUUUCCAUUUGGCUCCAUCCUCGGGUCCCCAGCAGCAGCACCACAGCAACCCACACCUCGAUUCCCACUCCCAAUCCCAGCCGAGGUAUGACACCUACUCGCCUCCUCUGUUCCCACCCAACAUGCACCACUACAGCCUCCCCUGCAACUUCCAGCAAGAUGGGGUGGGGGCACACCAUUUCCACCCCCAUCAGCACCCCCAGAAGUACUGGUCAGACCCCUUCCAUGGCGGGGUCCCCCAGGCUAGGGCGUCCUGUAGCCUCCCCCCCGGCCCCCACCUCCAUCAGCCCCCUACCCCGCAUGGAGCCCCCCACUCAUCUUACAGGGAUCAGCAGGAACACGACUCCUGGGCCCAGCCACCUCCACCUUCUGCCUUUGACACAGAGAGAGAGGAGCUCCGUAAGAAACUGCAGGCCAUCUUCAACCCCCACCAGGUGGAUACGGUCAUGGGAAUGUUCCCUCACAUGAUGGAUGCCCAGAAGCUGGCUGCAGAGAUCCUCAACCUCAAAUCUCAGAGAGGUGCCUUCUGAUGCCUCUAAGCAUCUUGUCUAAGGAGUUGAUUCAGGGUUGAGAUAAGCUUGCACAACUCUAACUUCCACGUAAAUCAUUCAUUGAUGUCAAUGGGAUACUUGGGUGAAAAUGUGCCUUGGGUAAUUCUCUUGUGCUUUUCCUUUMAUUUACUCUAACGGUUUGAACCGUUUGAAUGUGAGAGGGCAACAUUUUUGUUGUCAAUGUUGUCCUUCCUUCGCGGUCAUGUGCUUGCAUAGCUUAUGUGAAAUCCUUGACAGGUAGUGUGUUCACCGUUUGGGAGAAGUGUGGAGAAUCGGGAUGAAUCCCCUGUCGUGUUUAACUGGAUUAUUUGCGAUUUUUGACUUAUUGAAGUUGUAUAUUAUAACAGUGUCGUCAAAUCUUGCCUCUAGACUCAGUACCACGGCAAACGUGAAUCUAGAGUGUUUGACUGUUGAUGCAUAUUGUAUCAUCAUUUGGGAUAUGCGGUAUGUGAUCUCUCGUUUGUCUGAAAUUCAGCUCUCAUGCAAUAAGAAAUAAUUGUCUAACAUAAUGUUCUUGUCUAAAAUGCCACAUUUUUUACUAUGUUUUUUAAAAUAUUGUGGUUUUGAUGGCCAUAGUGUAUUUCCUGUCUCAUAGACAAAUAUUCGGUAUUCCAUCUCUUUAUGCAGUGUGGAAUGCAAUGGUAUAAAGCUACGCCCAAAGAGCCCCAAACACUAUACAGUAUCCUUUUAACCAAGAGUAUAUGUGGAAGAAGCUGCCAAAGAACUCAAUGUUGGAGAAGCACUUUUUGUCAUUGAUCCAAAUGUUCUAAUUCCCUCAUAGACCAGAAUGUGACGUUUUCAGCAAGAUUAAUGUAUAAAAAUAUGUGUACUGUAAUAUGUACUGUAUGGCUUSUGAGGGUCUCUUGUAUCACCAAAGACUGGGUAAAUCCAAUAGAUAUUUUAAAGUAACUGUYCAGUGUUUCCYGAUUUCUAUGAAAUAUGACCUAUAAUUAAUUACAAUACAGUAUGAGUGAAAUAGUUUUCCAUCCCAAAUGUUUUAAGUAUGUUUAAAAAGCAGCUUUUCUGUGUUGGAAGGGUGUGGGUGUACAUCGUUUUUUAAAAAUAUAUAUUCAUGCGAAUAGACUGCUGAUUGGCCAGCUCAAGCUCUUCAGGAGGAUGACAUCAUCCUCUGAGGAAAUAUUUUAUAAAAUGCUUGCUGUUUGUUUGAGUUUAAGGGUCUUUUUUUUGGAAUGGUUUCUCCAAUUAAUGCUUUGGCCACAUACAAGUAUAAUAUGAGUCAUCAACAUUAUUUGGGUAUGCGUUAACAGAAUAACUUUUUUUUUUUAAGUGAGAUUUUCACUGGACAAUUACUUUAACUAUGUUUCUAUGAUAGUUGCUGGCUAUCCACUUUGUAGAUUUUUAAGUGCCUAAACAUGUCAAAUGUAUAAUUCAAUUAUCAUGGACAUUUGGAGUAGUUCUUGGUCUAAACAAAUUGUUAAACUUUUUAUUUUAUUUUAAAACUUUGUGUUUAACAGUACGGUAAGUACUAGCUAGGUAUUUAAAGUCAGAAUGUUGUUAUUAUUAUGCUAUCUCAUGGUACCACCAGCUUCAAAUCAGGUUAUUAGUAUUAAUACAGUCAUAACUACAAGGUACUUGAAAUAAUUAACAGGUAAAACUAGGCAUUUUAUUUCUCAGCAAUUAUUAUAUAUUUUUAGAGUAGGCCACUUUGUUUCUUCAGACUACAAAUAGCUACUAUACCAAAUAGUUCAAUUUGUUGCCAAGUAUUUACCAGUACCUAGUACUUAUCUGUAAUAAAGGGUUACGCACUCAUUUUCUAUUCAUUUAUAUAGCGCUUAACCACUGCCUUUGAAUGUUGGGAAAUCAUGUUACACUAAAAUGAGAGGUUUGAAAUA